CUGACGAGUAAUGGCAGGGCACAACGCGGCAGGGCGAGCGGAGGGAGUGGCCCUGUCCCUUUGUACCUGCCGUUUAAAGGCGCCAGGCGGCCCCGUAUUGGCUGCGGCGGCCGAGGCCCUGGUAACCCGAGCCGGCGGAGGGGCGCGGCGUACAAGGGCCCGGCCGAGCCCAGACCGGUAGCCAGCGUGAGCGGCCGGGAAAGGUGGCGCUCGGGUCUGCGCUCCUCCACCAGCAGCCGGCUCUCCUUCUCUUCGGCUCGGGCAGGGCCGCGCCUCCCUGCCCGGCAGGAGGUGGGACCAGCCCCGGCUCUGCUGCCCGCCUCCUCUCACCCUCCCUUUUUCACUCCCGAGGGCUGAGCCAUUCCGGGAAGGCGCCGGCUCCCCCACCGCUCCUCGGCAGCGCCGCACCGGUAUCGGCCGCCGCCGCGUCGGGCUUGGCCCACCUCGCCACUGAGCUGCGAACGAGCUACGGCGGAGAGGGGCAGCGGCCGCGGCGGCGGGUGCGUGUUGCCUGCUCUCCCGCGGCGGGGAGCGGCAGGGGGAGGCGGGAGGACAAGUGGACCGAGCGCCCAGGAACGCGGCUGGUAGACCGGCCACCGCGUAGUUGUUUUGCCCGGGGUAAGUUGGCCGAUCCCCUGCGAGCCUUCGCUUGGAGCGGGCAGUGCUUGGCUCCCGGCUCCCUGACGCCCUCAGCCCCCUUGGGGGGGUGCCUUUAUUUUUUGCUUUUCCACUGCACCCCCCCUCUGGGUUUUGUUGUUUGUUUGUGUUCUUUUUUUUUUUUUUUUCCUUCUUUUUUUCUUUUCACUAUUAUGGGGUCUGUGGAAGAGUCUAUCUUCCAGUCCGGCGUUGUGCUUCCUUGUCCAACGCUCUGAGGAGAACUAUAAUAUUUCAUCCUGGAGAUGCUGCAGUGAUUUCAGUCCCAGGAAAUCAGGCGAACAAAAUAACCCGAAUAACCCGAGCCAUUUGUUACCGCGUGAGAGCAAACGUUGUCUAGGCAUAGAUGAUGGCAAAAAAUUCCCUGGAAGGGUCUAAAGAAGACCUGAGCAAAAUUUCAGAAGAGGAGAUGCUGAGGUGGAGCAAAGAAGAGCUGGUGAAAAGACUGAGAAAAGUGGAGAAUGAAAAGAUGAACUUAAUGGUGGAACACGGCAACUUAAUGAAGGACGUGAACCGGCGGCUGCAGCUCCACCUGCAUGAGAUCCGCGGGCUGAAGGAGGUGAACCAGAAGUUGCAGGACGACAACCAGGAGCUAAGGGAGCUCUGCUGCUUCUUGGAUGACGACCGGCAGAAAGGCAAGAAGCUAUCGAGGGAAUGGCAGCGUUUCGGGAGGCACACGGCCAGCGUGAUGUGGAAGGAGGUGGGCAUGUACCAGCAGAAGCUAAAGGACCUGGAGGCGAGGCAGGAGACUCUCCUGCGGGAGAACGUGGAGCUGAAGGAGAUGGUGCUCAUGCUGGACGAGGAGCGGAGCGGGGCCGGCUCACGGAGCUCCAUCGACAGCCAGGCCAGCCUGACCAACCUCAACGGCGGCUCGGCCACCAGGGACGUGGGGGACGGGAGCAGCACCUCCAGCACGGGCAGCGCGGGCAGCCCCGACCAUCACCAUCACCAUCUCCACCAUCACAAGGCCAGCGACAGCAAGGCAGGGGCCAUGCGGAGGUCUAUGGAUGACUUGUCUGCACCCCUUCAUCACCGGAGCAUCCCCAACGGCCUCAACGAUUCAUCUUCCAACUACAUCAGGCAACUUGAAACAAAAGUGAAGCUGCUGGAGGAUGACAACAAGCUUCUUUCACAGCAGUCCAGCACGGGGGACCUGAGGACUUUGAGGAAAGGAUUGUCCCCGUACCACUCUGAGUCACAGCUCUCAUCACUGCCACAGUAUCAAGAUGCCCUGCAGAAUGGACCAGCUCGCAUGACAUCUGAUCUUGCAUCUUCUCCUGCGGCAGGAUAUGUCCCUGUUGGUCAGAAGCCAGAGGCUGUUGUGCAUGCUAUGAAGGUCCUUGAGGUCCAUGAAAAUUUGGACAGGCAAAUGCAAGACAACUAUGAGGAAGACCUGAGUGAAAAGGAGAAGGCAAUUGUUCGUGAAAUGUGCAACGUUGUCUGGCGAAAGCUAGGUGAUGCUGCGAGCUCCAAACCCUCCAUCAGGCAACAUCUUUCGGGAAACCAAUUCAAAGGUCCCUUGUAGGAACACCAUCCUGAAGGCUGAGAGUGAUUCUGUGAAGACUAAAGAGCUCAGUGUUUCUGGUUGCCUGUUCUUUGGGAGGUGGUGUUAAGUUUUUUUCAGGGUUUGUUGGUUUUUUUUUGUAAUAACAGUGUAAAUAUGGCAGCUAAAGGCCUGAUUUCCAGGCUGUGGUGCUCUGGAAUUACUGUUCAAUGGGUAACCAUCCAAUAAUGCCAGACUUGCAUCAUUUGUAUUGUAGUUCAGACCUGCUUUGUUGUAAUAGUCUGUUUGUAGAAUUAACUAACUUGAGAGAAUUUCUAAGAGGAACAAGAAGAACCCUUAACCUGCAGAGAAGUCAGUUUGUAUUGCUCUGGUUCACCCACUUGUUAGCUUCAUAGCUGGGUUAGUGGCUCAGGGCAGCAUCUUCCAAUGGAAGCAAUAUGAAUUUGUUGGCUUGCUGCCUGCCAAGCUCCUGAGCUGCUAACAUCUUUUGUUGGAGGUCCUUAAUUCAAAGAAUGACACAGGGCACUGUGUACGAUAUGGAGUGGCGAGCUAAGAACGCUGGUACCACUCUGUGCAUUGUACAGUGGUACUCAUCACACUAGAAAGGCUUGAAACUCUCUAUCACCUCUUACUGAUUUUCCCUGAACAAAUGACACAAGAUUUCUGCAGCCAUAAUGUGAAUGAAGUCACUUAGCCACACACCAGUAUUCCCUACAAAUACAGCAACACUCUUCCAGUAAAGCUUUCACUACAAAACAAAUCAGCAGAAACUGCCAUGCUAACAGUGCUUGCACAGGAUCUUCAAGAGCAGCUCAUCUUCACAUAAGGAGGAUUUGGUCUUGUUUCGUUUUUACAGUUCUUGCUGGAUCCCUCACCUAUGCUGGCUCCUCUGUGAGGUAACCAAACAACAGCCUUGCAGAGCUGAAUAAAAAAACUCCAUGAACAUAGGCAGUUGGGUAAGACUAAUUCCUGCCAUUCAAGCUUUAUUUUUGUUAAUGAACCAAAACAAGUGCUAUUUUCCUUCUUUUACCAGCUGUAUAUAAAACAAUGGGACUUAGAUUUUACUAUUGUGGAGUAGCUGCUUGUAUAGUUGUAAGAAUUUGACCCCCUUUUCCAAGUUGUCAUAGCAGCUGUCCUUGCAUUUUAUUAGAUUGUCUUUCCCAGUAGUUCGAGGAAGCAGAACUUGGUUAUUAAAAUCAUUGGUUGUUAAAUGACUUUAAAGACAGAUCAAAGCCUCCUCUUCAAAAGUUGCAAUGACUUUAGUGAUCAGCUUGAAGAUUUAAUAGCCCCAAACACCAUUAAUUUCAUUUUAUUCUUGCUGAGAGUCACUCACAGCAAUAUACAGCAGACAGGUUUUUUUUUCCUCUUAAAUUAAUUUGCUCUAUCAGUCAAGUUUUUGAGUUGUGGUAUUGACAUGGAGCACUGAUACAAGCCCAAAGAGCCCAUGCAGCAAGUUAUGAAAGGUAAUUGGUCCCAUGGUAUACAAUAAUCUAGCUGCUGAACUCGAGGAGUGUCAGAGGCAAGAUUUGUCCAGUGAAAAAAAAAAGAAGGAAUACAACCAAAAUACGUAGUAAGCAGUAAGAAUAAACUUCAUUAUUCCUUGCAGAAAUACAAAUAGAACAGUUGAGUAGAUGAUUUGGAAAAAACAAACAACUCAAACCAAGAAGAACCACUCCCAAAAUACACAUGCAUACACUCACCAGUAGUUUCUCUCUUACUGCUGCUCAGUCAGUGAAUGCUGAGCCAGGUAACUUCAAGUCUCCUAUUUUAUAUCCUGUGGAGUCUGGAAAAUUUCAUUCUGGAAUCUGCCUCUGUUAAAAUAUGGCAUAUUUAGAAGAUUCUGGAUUUCCUCCUCUAUUUAUUUUGACGUCCAGUUUUUAAUCACUGUUAUUUGUCUUACUCCUAUACUAUUUAUACCUUAAUUUCAUAGUAGAAGAGGUGAUGUAAAGCAGAGGCAUGACUCCUGUUUAACAUCUAGUAUCCAACAGAGGGUCACUUUAUCUGCCUGAAAGACCGCUUCAAUUUUGGUGACAUCUAAUGGGUGGAUUAAGCAGAUAAUUUAAGCGUGUCUGGAAUAAGGUUAAUUUACAUCAGUGACUUUUAACUAAAGCAAUACAAACGUUGCCAGCAGUUGUGGAGAGUUAAUUGUGGUGCUUGCUAUUUCAGUAGUACAUUAGACUAGCAGGUCCUCUUCACAAGACAGGAGCUAUACUAAUCAGAACACCAGUCUCACCAACUAUGUAAUAUUCAGAUACUGCCUGCUAUCGAAUCUCUCUCAAAAGCUAUUCAAUGAGUUCAAGCAAAGAGUGGUUUGUUCCACUUGCAGAUCUCACCUACAAGGGAAAAAUAGUGGUGCAACUGAGAUCUAUUAGCGCUACACAUCCUGAAAAGCCAGUUUACAGGGUAGCCAGUAGUUCAGCUGAACAGUCUUGAUAUUCUUAGGGCUUAUUCCAGUUUUGUAAAGUUUCUGUUUGGUAGCAUAAAUCUUCAAGGUAAGGUGUGCAUCACUGAUUUUGCAAAGUAUGGCAGUGCUACACAUUGAGGUGUUAUUUUGGGUUUUUUUAAGGCUUGCUACGCUUCAUACUUGGCUCCGUUUGAGCUAGAAAAGCGUCUUCCUGGGGUAAAAAUGACGCUCAAUGACUUUACAGGAUGACUUGGGUGCUGAAUUCUCAGUUGUGGAAAAGAUGUUUUAUAUGCACAUUUAAAGACUCAGCACCUACGUGCUAAGUCUUCAGCAAAAACUACCUGAGGAGCUUGGUACACUAAGUUGGAAGGGAGCAUCCCUUGAAAUUGUGACCAGUAAACUGAUCUAUUUGGGGAAACAGUCAAAAGUAAUUUCCUCAAGAUUGAAGCCCUGGGUUCUGCAAUCCUCUGGCAAAGAAAGCAGCCGCUGUUUACAAAUCGACUUUGCUUGCUUAAGGAAAGUAAAAUCACAUCCUUCACUUCUGUUGGAGCAACUGAAGUACGUGGCAUUUCCAUGAGUUUCUGAAAUGCUGUGGUGCAACCAGCUUCAGUUGGCUCUUUGCACCUUGACAAGACUGCUGAGCACAACCUUGUUUGAAAAUGGCACAUUUUUAUCCAAAUAACUAGAUAUUAAAAUAAAUCAGUGUUAAAGUGACCUUUUAUCUUUUUAGAAACCGUGGGGGAAGAGUACUACUGAUCUUUUUCAAAGUGCAUGACUGUAAAGUGAUAAAAUUGUAUAUUUUUCAUAAUGUGGGGAAAGUCUAUUUGUGCUGCUUUAGAAAUCAGUUUAAAGUUUGAUUUCUGUUAAACCUGUGAUCUUACAGCCCUGCUCUAUUUUCUGUAUAUGAUUUACAAAGAACUGGAAAAGUUAGCACCUACUGUUGUGUAUAUAGCAAAAUUCUUUAGCCCUUAGCACGCGUUUUUACCUAUUAUUGAACCACUCUGGAUUUUGGGGAGGGAAAGUACUAGUACAGAUUUUUUUGAUAAUGUGUGUAAAACAUUCAUUUGAAAUAUUUUAGUAAAAAUGAAGUAAGAGAUUGAUUGUGAUAGUGUAUACUUCUAGUUGAAUAAAAGACAUGCUUUUUAAAUAAA